GGCCGCGGCCUUUUGCGCAGGAGAAGGCGGAGGGGAAACCAAAAGGGGGGGCAGGAUGGCGGCGGGGCCGACGCGGCCCUCCCGGCCCCGCAAGGAACCGCAGCCGCUGGUCAUUCCCCGGAGCGCAGCGGACGAGCAGCGUCUGAAGCUGGAGAGGCUCAUGAGGAAUCCGGAUAAGACAGUUCCAAUUCCUGAAAAGCUCAAUGAAUGGGCGCCCCGUCCGCCUCCAGAAUUUGUCAGAGAUGUUAUGGGUUCCAGUGCUGGGGCUGGCAGUGGGGAAUUCCACGUCUACCGACAUCUUCGCCGGCGAGAAUACCAGAGGCAAGAUUUUAUGGAUGCCAUGGCUGAAAAGCAAAAGCUGGAUGAGGAAUAUCAGAAGAGGCUAGAAAAGAACAAGAUUGUUGCGGAAGAACAGACAGCCAAGCGCAGAAGGAAACGGCAGAAGUUGAAAGAGAAGAAAAUGCUGGCGAAGAAGAGUAAGCUUGAACAAAAGAGCGAACAUGCAGAUUCCGACCAUUCCCCAAAGCAGCAGACCAGUGAAGAGGAAGAGGAAGAGGAAGGUACUUCUGAGGAUGAGGAUGAUGCUGAAAAGCCCAGCUUCAGGAUGAGAAGAUGAUGGUGCUGACUCUGAGGCUGGUAUCCAGGUGCUGUUGAAGAGCCUGGCGUCUCAGUUGAGCAGGCUCUUCUGAGCUGUUUCAGACCUACAUCGCUGCAGAGGUGUGCCAUAAGGACCCCACAGGGGUUUCGACAUCGGAGCCAUGUGAAACGAGAACCUCUUCCAAGCUUGUUUCUGUAGCUGCUGUGCAGUCUGCUUACAGGGUUUCUGGGGAAAGAUGCCAGCAUCCUGCCCCUGUGGGCCGUCUUGUUCUUCCUAGCAUUGCUCCAAAGUGGUGUCUCUCUCUCUCUCUGAAAGCUAAUGCUUUAUCCAUCUGUGUUUUCAGGCAGACCCUUUCCCCCUGAGAGACCCAAGUACACAAAUGGGUUUUCGUGGCCUUUGCUCUCAGGCAGAGAGUGAUCUGGCUUUUUCUAUAAUGGAACUUGACACAAACUUAUUCAGGAAUUUGGGUUGGGGUUGUCUUCACAUUGCUGCUGCAAGAGUUGGUUUGCCAACACUGCGAGGAGCUCGCUCUCUUUGUUUCAAAAAUGUGAUGUAAAACUUCUGCCCUAAAAGUUUGUUAAUAAAAGGGGGACACCUGAGUGUU